CCAUUUAUCAAUCUUCUCCUCACUGAUCUAUUAUCAAAUAUUAAUCAUCUCCUCUCAGGCUCUCACACCAAUAUAGGACUUGCUCCCUACUUACUAAAACCAUAUAUACAUAUAUAUAACCUUAACCAAAAAAAUAAAAAGAAUGGGCAACACAUCAUCGCACCAACCUCUUUCCUCUUCAACUACCACACCCACUCCCACAUCCCAAACUUCCUCUUCUAAUUCCUCUAAUAAAUCCCCUAAACACUUUCAUAUCCAUUCUAAUCCUUUUUCUCAACAUUUUUACACUGCUGAUCGACGGGCUUCGUCAAUUGAUGAGCAUGACAGUGAGCAUGGUGCUCUUUUGAGAGAUGAUGGGGAUAUUGAGGGGGAGGAGGAGGAUGAUGGUACAUAUUUACUACGGAGGGGAAGUCUUGAGUCUAGGGAUGAAUGGUUAGCGAGGAAACGGAUUAUUGCUUCGAGGGUUAGGGGGGGUAGUGAAAGUGGAAGUGAUGGUAGGGUUAAAAUGUGGAAGGGUUGUAGUGCAGGUGAUGACGGGAAAGGUCAGUUUUGAAUGGGUUUGCUUGGAUUUAUAAUGAUGGAUGGUGUUCUUAGCUUGUUUCUUCAAAGUAGGAUGAGCUGUAUUUGGGAACCUUCUUUCGUUUUAGAUGAUUUACGGUUUUCUACCCGUUUGUUUUUG